AUGAGUAUACCAAAUAACUUUCAACGCAAUAUGAUCCCUAGAAGUAGUUCUACUUCAGACUUAAUUUCUUUCGCAGAUGCCGUCCAUCCGUACUCACAUAUUAGUCAAACCAAGUCGAGAAGACUUCGCCGCCAUUCAUCCCUGACUACAAAUUCAUUCGCAUAUUCAAACAUGACAACCGAAAGAUCUUCUUCUUUGUCACUAACAGAAGAGAGACCAUCCAUCGAGGAUUCUCGUAGAAGGUUUUACAAACAAAAGAGAGUCCCUAUAAGACAGUUGACGCCACAUGAGAUGCAAAAAAUCAAAAUGCAAUCAUCCUUUCAAUUCCCCAAUGGCGAGAGUUUUACCCCAAGAAAACAAUCUCGCCAGCUACAAAGUGAAACUCAGGAAGUAAAGUCGAACUCAAGACAGGCAGAUAUAUCCCUUGAACAGAUACCAAAAAGAAAUGAUGGUCCUAACGUGUUCUUCAACUCACCUGCAUCUUCAAAAACGAGUACAGACACCGAAAAUAGUAUGAUGUCAGGUAAUGAUAGUAAUGAAACAAUACCCAGUUUGGAGAAUGACGAAACAACACUGCUGACGUCAUUAAAACCUUUAAUUCUAGAUAGCAAACAAAUAGCCACUUUCAAAACAACAGAACCAAGGUGCCCCGAGAGGAAAAUAAAACGUACUUUAAAAUCAAACGAAUACACUGGGCAGGCUCGAUCGACAUCACACCAAAGGACAAAAGCUAAUACCCAAUCCGUACCUAGCCACACAGUAUCUAACCAUAACACAUCUAAUCUUGGUUCGUUCUUCAAGAGAAUCUGGGAUCCAUUCUCCAAGAAGGAAGUGCGGCCAUCAAAGAAGGAUGGCAAGAGAAACAAUAUAAAAGCGCAGCGUAAAUUAAAAGUACCAAAGCCUGAAGAAAAGGUGGAAAAACGGGAGUCUUUCUCUUUACUUCAAACGAACAUAGAUGAUACUGAUGAAUUGAUGAACGCAGACCUGAUCUUUGACAGUAUUCUGCUCAAAUUAUCUUCGACCGAGAGGUCGUUCAAACUUCCCAACACCAGAUACUCUAAACAAAAAGAUAAUCAAAGAAAUGAUACCCUGAUGGAAAUUAAAGACUAUAUAACUGAAGAUGAGAAAGAGUCGGAUAUAAUUCUUGAUUAUGACAUUAUAAAUGAAUUUUCUAAGCUAGGAAAUCUUAUAAGUGUCAUUCCCGAGGAAAAUACCCAAGAAGCUCCUCUAGUACCCCCUCCUAGGUCAAGUAGUCGCCCAACUCUUGAAAGCAAAGAACAAGCGAGUAGAUUUUACAAUCACUUUAGAUUAACUGAGUUUGCCGAGAGACUUCAAGAGCAUUGGCCAGUAAUUCACAUAAACGAAAUGCCGCAAAAGACGAAUGCAGAUCAUAAAAGAGAACUAAGGUUUAGCGAAGAAAUUUAUUUAUAUGAAACAUGGUCAUCUUUUGAAUAUGAGAGAUGUAGCAAGAAGUUCAAAGAAAGAAUGAUCUUUCUAAUGUCAGGCCAGAACAAUUUCCAAUUUUUCGAAGAGGUAAAAAUGGAACUAAAUACUUUCAAGAAGGAUGAAAUGAUUGUUCAUGAGGACUCUGAAUUAUAUACACAUUUUCUAAUGUAA